AUGCAAUUUGUCAUCGACUUAGUUGCUGAAAGGUCAGUUUUGAAAGAAUCAAUCAAAGGCGUAAUAUGGACCAUAUUCUUUAAUAGGCUAUUUGGACCAAUCACUCCAACAACAAGAGAGUUUCUUGACGUCACGUACCCUCUGGCUACGAAUUUGCCUGAACUCGAAUCUUUGAUAGAGGAAAAGGUCUCCUCAUUUAUACGUACAUGCAUUGAGAGCAAGCUACUACCGGCCAAUGGAACGAUUACUAUUCAAUUUUUGAAUAAAUCAAAUGCGAAAAGGAAAAGCUCAGGAUGGUUUGGUCGGGAGUAUGAAAGCGACGACAUAAAACCGUGGGAAAAGUGGACAAUUAACGUCGAGUCUCUUCCCAUAGAAGAAGGUCCCACUAUCCCUCGUCCAAAACACAGCGGGUUAGAGUAUUCGAGAGCAGUGACAAUGUCCAUGAAAAGCUUUGAAGCUGCUUUGAUACUGAUAUACGACUUUGUGGAUCGAAACAAGGAGCAUAUACCCCCAAUAACUUCACUUGAAAGUUCACCAUUUCCCUACGCAAUCAAUAUUGAGGAGGAUAAAGAAUCCAAAUUAGAAAAGCCCAACUCAGACGGCGAUGAAGGUUGGGGGUCUUACAUCAAAAAGAUUCUAGAUUAA